AUGGAGAACUCCACGGCCGUGUACACUUACUAUCAGGUGUCUGACACGACCGACUACGAGGACUACGACACCACGCCCAACAUCAGCAGCGGCAUAUGCAGCAGAACCUGGCUGCGACAGUUCCGCGGCCGGUACGAGCCGCCGCUCUUCUGGCUCAUCUUCGUGCUGGGGGCGGUGGGGAACCUGCUGGUGAUCUGGAUCUACAUGACCGUGCGAAACCGCAUCAAGACCAUGACUGACAUGUACCUGCUCAACCUGGCGGUGGCCGACCUGUGCUUCCUGUGCACGCUGCCCCUGUGGGCCACGGAGGCCACCAGGUCACUGGAUUUCAGCGCCGGCUCUUGCAAGCUGGUGUCGGCCAUCUACAAGAUCAACUUCUUCAGCUCCAUGCUCCUGCUCGCCUGCAUCAGCGUGGACCGCUACAUUGCCAUCGUCCAGGCCGCCAAGGCUCAGAACUGGAAGAAGCGGGGCCUGCUCUACAGCUCCUUCGCCUGCGUUGGUGUCUGGCUUCUCUCCAUCCUCCUGGCGCUGCCGGAGUUCAUCCACGCCCAACUGAAGACUCACGCCAGCGGGGAGACCUACUGCUCCCUGGUCUACACCGUCAACACCAACAACCAGGUGAAGAUCACCGUUCUGUCCGUGCAGAUCUGCCUGGGCUUCAUGGUCCCCAUGCUGGUCCUGAUCACCUGCUACUCCGCCAUCAUCCGCAAACUUCUGCAGGCCCGCAACUUUCAGAAGCACAAAGCUCUGCGCGUCAUCUUCGCCGUGGUUCUGGUUUUCGUCGUGUCCCAGUUGCCCCACAACAUCCUGCUGAUCAUGGAGACCGCUCAGGCGGCCACGGGCACCAUGGACUGCCCCACCCAGCAAGUCUUUGACGUGGCCGUGCAGAUCAGCAAGAGCCUGGCCUACACGCACGCCUGCCUCAACCCCUUCCUGUACGUCUUCAUCGGCGUUCGCUUCAGGCAAGACCUCCUGCAGAUCGCCAAGAGGUGUGCCGGCAGACUGAGCCACCAAAGGUACGAACAGGCACACGCCGUUCCCAAAAGACCCUCUCUGAUGUCCGACACCGACACCACACCUGCUCUCUCUCUAUGAGCCUCCAUUUUGCAUCUAUCUGUGCUGCUGUACAUGUAAA